AUGGAAGGCAAGGUUAACAUCGCUCAGCUACCCAAAAGGACAAGAACAGAUUCAAAACCAGAGACGUACUUAGAAGAAUCUGAGAUAAGAAAGGGCCCGAAGGAUUCCGAAGGCUCUGGGCGGGCCGAGGGCCGCGGGCGCCAAUGGCCAGGCCCGCCCCGCCCCCCGGCCGGAGGCUGCCCGGGAUUGGCUGCCCGCCGCCCGCCGCGCCGCCGUCCUCGUCGUCGCGGCGCCGCCCGGGUCUCUGUGCCGCACGCGAGACGCCGGCCUCAGUCCCGCCGAGCUGAGCGGGCGCGGGCGCGGCUUCUUUGUGGCGGGUUCGAGGCCCGGCCCGCCUGCGGCUGCCGGAGCCCAGCCCGGGGCCUGCGGAGUCCUUCUCCGACGUGUGCGGGGCAGCAGCGGCCCGACUUCCACGCGCAGGUGGAAAACUACAGGUAUGAGCCACAGAUGCUGGAGUACUCUGAUGCUGGUAUUUUAACUGACUUACACCAACUAUGCAGUUUAUAACAUACACAUGCCUCUAAUGAGGUCACAUAUUUAACCACGUGUCCAGUGCUGGCAGCAACAGGGCAGCACAGCAGGUGUUCGAUUUCUCAUCUUGUCGGUUAGUUCUUACAACUUUGUGAAGUUGACGCCGGCCUCUCGUUUUAGUCAAGCAACUGCAGGUCAGGUACCGACUCAGGGUCCUGUCACAUGUGGAGCCCUGAAUGUGAAUCCUCAUGUAACUUCCUGGCUCUGUGACCUCUUAGAAAGUUAACUUCCCUCUAUGGGCAUUUAAUGUUGUAGCGUCACAGUAGAAAUGCUGAAACAGACGAGGCCAGUCUGGUCAGGGGAGACCACAGUUAGAGCUGUGAAGAACAUAAGGUCUUCAUAGCAUUUAAUCCCGGUGAACCCACGAUUUGGCACAAAGCGAGUAUCUGUCAGCACGUUAGGUGGUUCUGAUGAAUUAGCAUAACAGCUGUGAACAGGGAUUUGAAGGGCACAGUGGUGCUAGAUGGUUAGAACAUGAAAGUAUGACAGGUGAUGGGGGAGUUUGGGGGAAGAAAUGAGACAGUGUAGCGAGAGCAGCAGAGCCUAGGACCGCUAGUUCUUGCUGAUCAGCUCUGAUUGUCUGCAGAUACCUCAUUUUCCAGACGUUUUA